AUACAGGAGAUACAUGGAAAAACUGCUACAAAGGAAAAUUCUAGUUCAUUUUCAUUAAGUACACGUGAUUUAUUCUGAAAGUUUUAUUUAUUUAACUGUUUCUUCGACGGUUUUUUUAUAAUACCUAAUUUCAUUUGCAGUUCUAUUUUAAGUAAAAAGUUUAAUGAAUAAAUAUUGAACUAGUUUAGGUAUUUGAGGUUCAAUAUCCAUAAAGAUAACUAUAAACAAAUAACAAUAAAUUUGCUCUUGUACAAAAGUAAACCGAGGAACAAUUAUAAUUUAUUGCAAAUUUUCAAUAAUGUUUGUCAGCUGAUAGUGGUAUUUCAAUUUGGGCAAUUAUUGUGCUUUGAACAUUUAUUUGUAAAAAAUCAUCUUGAAGAGAGGAUGAAGUUUGCAGAGCAUCUCAGUGCACAUAUAACCCCAGAAUGGAGGAAGCAAUAUAUAAAUUACGAAGAAAUGAAAGCCCUACUAUACAUGGCGGUAGAAGGCGCACCAUCGCAAGAAAGCGUAGAGCAAGAAUACAUAACAAGACACUUCGCUAACUUCGAUGAACAUUUCUUCCUCUACUGUGAUAAGGAGUUGAAAAAAAUCAAUACUUUUUAUUCCGAAAAACUGGCCGAGGCCACAAGAAAAUUCGCCACGCUCCAGGCAGAAUUGAAGGCCGCCACCUCUGAUGUUCUCCACAGGAAAAGAAGGGAAUCCACGGUGAAAAAACCGAUAUCUGCAAGAAAAUUGCAAGAGCUCAAAUUCGCCUUCAGUGAAUUCUACCUAAGUUUGAUUCUUUUACAGAACUAUCAAACUCUCAACCAUACAGGUUUCAGAAAGAUUCUGAAAAAACACGAUAAGCUUUUGAACAAUGACUUGGGCACGAAGUGGCGAGAAGAACACGUGGAAACUUCGCACAUAUGUACAAACAAAGAUAUCGAUAAACUUAUAACUGACACGGAAGCCACAGUUACCAAUGAACUCGAAGGUGGCGAUAGACAAAAAGCUAUGAAACGUCUGAGAGUACCUCCCCUCGGAGAGCAACAAUCACCGUGGACAACGUUCAAAGUUGGACUCUUUUCCGGAUCUUUCAUCGUUCUCUUAAUAGCUGUUGUGUUGGCAGCGACCUUCCAUGUUGGAAUUAGUGAUAACCUGAAAAUUGCAUUCCGCCUUUAUCGAGGGCCACUCUUGUUUAUAGAGUUCUUAUUUUUAAUUGGUGUAAAUAUUUAUGGAUGGAGAUCAUCAGGUGUGAACCAUGUACUUAUUUUUGAAUUAGAUCCAAGAAACCACUUAUCUGAACAACAUCUAAUGGAAUUGGCGGCCAUUUUGGGGGUCAUAUGGGCAUUGAGCGUUCUCAGUUUCUUGUUUAGUGCUAGCCUUAGCAUGCCUCCAUAUGUUAAUCCUUUAGCUCUGACGAUAAUUAUGAUAUUAUUUUUGAUAAAUCCUUUGAAAGUAUUCAGACAUGAAGCCAGGUUCUGGUUAUUGAGAAUAACUGGAAGAGUAAUUGGGGCACCAUUUUUUCCUGUGAAUUUCGCAGAUUUCUGGCUGGCAGAUCAAAUGAAUAGUUUUGUUAACGCAUUGCUAGAUUUGCAAUUUCUCACUUGUUUUUAUUAUACUAAUGGAAACUGGUUAGAAGCUGGAGAUACUGCGGAGUGUAUGGAGAGAAAUUUUUUCAUCCGUCCCAUAAUAAACUGUUUGCCAGCAUGGUUCAGAUUUGCUCAAUGUCUGAGACGUUACUAUGAUUCUAAAGAAGCAUUCCCCCACUUGGUUAAUGCGGGAAAAUAUGCUACAACGUUUUUUGUUGUAUUGUUUUCAACCAUGAAAUCGAUGUAUGCAACUGAAUACAUCAAAGAAUCUUUCAAUCCUUUCCUGACUGCAUGGUUUAUAUCACAAAUGAUUAGUUCAACAUAUGCUUAUAUGUGGGACAUAAAAAUGGAUUGGGGUUUACUUUCUACCAUGUCACAAACGGAUAAUCCUUUUCUUCGUGAAGAAAUUGUUUAUUCUUCCGUGCACUUCUAUUACUUUGCAAUUGUGGAAGAUUUCGUCUUGCGUUUCCUAUGGAUGCCGGCCUUCUUCUUAACAGAUUCGAAAAUGAUAAGCUCUGAUUUGAUGACAUCCAUAACCGCUCCACUAGAAGUUUUCAGGAGGUUCAUCUGGAACUUUUUCCGUUUGGAAAACGAACACUUGAACAAUUGCGGUAAAUUCAGAGCUGUAAGGGAUAUUUCAGUGGCGCCGAUCGAAUCCUCCGACCAAGUUUUGAUAUUACGAAUGAUGGAUGAUCCCGACGGUGUACUUAACAGAGGAAAAGUAAAAGGUGGUAAGCUGUUAAAGAAAGAAGAGAAAAGGCCUUUGUUGUCAGAUGAGAAUAUACUCAAAACAGUGACCAUUACGCAAGCGUAACAUAUAAUAUUUUAGUUCAUUUAAGAGCAAUAUUCAUUUUAUUUAUAUACAAUAUUACCUUUAUUACUCAGGCUCCUUUUACCAGUGUUUUUUUUAAGAUAUGAAAUUAUAUUUUUAUAUCCCGGCAGGUAAAAGUCUUUCGAUCAUGCGAAUCCAUGCCUACUGGUAAAAAAAUGCUCAAUGCUCCGAAUCAUUCCUAUCGAAGUUCCUAGCGAUUUUAAUUCCAAGAAAGAAUUUCAGCAUGUCUUUGAAAAACCUAAAAACUUGGACCUAGAAUAUUAAUUUUAGAAACUGGUGGUGAAAUGAUGAGAGUAUCAGUUCUUUUAGUUUCUCCAGAUGGGGUUGUAGCAUUUUUCUAUCAGAAUCCAGCAUAUAUUAAAAAUAUUCAGAUCCAAUGGACUUUCACUUUAUGGGUUAUAGCAAUUGUAAAUAAUUAUAUUUGUCGUUUUAUGAUUUUUUGGUAAUAUAGUAUUUCCAGUA